CAGUACACUUGAAGUGACCCUCGUUUUGAACAAGGCAACUAAAUUACACAAAGGAAAAACCUCAACCAAUUUCUAAAGACUGUUGAAAUCCAGUGGAAAUGGUAGGAACUGCAAGAAGGUCCCUUGGAAAUCUGGAUUCCCAAUGAAAACCCAUUGAAAAGAGUGACCUCAAAGUAAAAAUCUGAAUGGUUUUUCCUGUGUUUCGCCUGCUACGUAAGUUCUGUUAUACUCACAGACAUGAUUCAAACAGUUUUAGGAACUUCAGUGUUUUCUAUCCAACUCUACUAAUAAUAUGCAUAUCUUCUGGGGAUGAGUAGCAGGCAGUUGAAUUUGGGCAUGCAUUCCAUCCGGAUGUGAAAAUACUGUCCCCUGUCAUCAAGAAGUUAAAACGUGUAAAUAUUUGUUUGAACAUAAGAUUCAACAACUGAGACAUAAACUGAACAAGUUCCACAGACAUGUGACAAACAGAAAUGGAAUAAUGUGUCCCUAACCAAAGGGGGGUCAAAAGUGAGUGUCAUUGCAGCUGGUGACCACACCAGAUACUAAGUACUACAGUGCGUCUCCUCAUGGACUGCACCAGAUUUCCCAGUUCUUGUUGUGAGAUGUUACCCCGCUCUUCCACCAAGGCACCUGCAACUUCCCGGACAUUUCUGGGGGGAAUGGCCCAAGCCCUCACCCUCCAAUCCAACAGGUCCCAGAUGUGCUCAAUGGGAUUGAGGAGAUUGAGAUCCAGUUUCUUUGCCGGCAAUGGCAGAACACUGACAUUCCUGUCUUGCAGGAAAUAGCACCCAGAACGAGCAGUAUGGCUGGUAGCACUCAUGCUUGAGGGUCAUGUCAGGAUGAGCUUGCAGGAAGGGUACCACAUGAAGUUGGAGGAUGUCUUCCCUGUAACGUACAUCGUUGCAAUGACGACAAGCUCUGUCCGACGAUGCUGUGACCCACCGCCCCAGACCAUGAUGGAUCCUCCACCUCCAAAUCAAUCCCGCUCCAGAGUACAUGCCUCGGUGUAACGCUCAUUCCUUUGACGAUAAAUGCAAAUCUGACCAUCACCCCUGGUGAGACAAAACUGUGACUCGUCAGUGAGGAGCACUUUUUGCCAGUUCUGUCUGGUCCAGCGAUCGUUGGUUUGUGCCCAUAGGCGACGGUGAAGUCUGAUGAGGACCUGCCUUACAACAGACCUACACGCCCUCAGUCCAGCCUCUCUCAGCCUAUUGCGGACAGUCUGAGCACUGAUGGAGGGAUUGUGCGUUCCUGGUGUAACUUUGGCAGUUGUUGCCAUCCUGUACCUGUCCUCAGGUGUGAUGUUCGGAUGUACUGAUCCUUUGCAGGUUUUACACGUGGACUGCCACUGCGAGGACGAUCAGCUGUCUGUCCUGUCACCCUGUAGCGCUGUCUUAGGCAUCUCACAGUACGGACAUUGCAAUUUAUUGCCCUGGCCACAUCUGCAGUCCUCAUUCCUCCUUGCAGCAUAUCUAAAGCAAGUUCACACAGAUGAGCAGGGACCCUGGGCAUCUUCUUUUGCAGUUUUCAGUCAGUUGAAAGUCGAGGUUGACUGAUCAUGAUUUUUCAACGCCGAUACCGAUUAUUGGAGGACCUAAUAAGCCGAUACCGAUUUAUCGGCCCUUUUAAAAGAAAUAUCUAUAUUUUUGUAUCAAUGUAUUUAGAAAAUGUAUUAUUUAUUUGUAAUUAUGACAAUUACAACAAUACUGAAUGAACACUUAUUUUAACAUAAUAUAAUGCGUCAAUUAAAUAAAUUUAGCCUGAAAUAAAUAAUGAAACAUGUUCAAUUUGGUUUAAAUAAAUCAAAAACAGUGUUGGAGGAGAAAGUAAAAGUGCAAUAUGUGCCAUGUAAGAAAGCUAACGUUUAAGUUCCUUGCUCAGAACAUGAGUACAUAUGAAAGCUGGUGAUUCCUUUUAAUGAGUCUUCAAUAUUCCCAGGUAUGAAGUUUUAGGUUGUAGUUAUUAUAGAAAUUUUGGACUAUUUCUCUCUACCAUUUGGAUUUCAUUACCCUUUGACCAUUGGAUGUUCUUAUAGGCACUUUAGUAUUGUCAGUGUAACAGUAUAGCUUCCUUCCCUCUCCUCGCUCCUCCCUGGGCUCGAACAAGGAACACGACAGCAGCCACCCCCGAAGCAGCGUUACCAAUGCAGAGCAAUGGAAAAACCACAACUAGUCUCAGAGCGAGUGACUUUUGAAACGCUAUUAGCGCACACCCCACUAACCAGCAAGCCAUUUCACAUUGGUUACACCAGCCUCAUCUCGGGAGUUGAUAGGCUUGAAGUCAUAAACAGUGCAAUGCUUGACGCACAACAAAGAGCCGCUGGCAAAACGCACGAAAGUGCUGUUUGGAUGAAUGCUUACGAGCCUGCUGCUGCCUACCACCGCUCAGUCAGACUGCUCUAUCAAAUCAUAGACUUAGUUAUAACAUAACACACAGUAAUACGAGCCUUAGGUCAUUUAAUAUGGUCGAAUCCAGAAACUAUCAUCUGGAAAACAAGUUUAUUUUUUCAGUGAAAUACGGAACCAUUCCGUAUUUCAUCUAAGGGGUGGCAUCCAUUAGUCUCAAUAUUGCUGUUACAUUGCACAUCCUUCAAUGUUAUGUCAUAAUUAUGCAAACUUCAGGCAAAUUAGGCGGCCCAAACUGUUGCAUAUACACUGACUCUGCGUGCAAUGAACGCAAGAGAAGUGACACAAUUUCACCUGGUUAAUAUUUCCUGCUAACCUGGAUCUCUUUUAGCUAAAUAUGCAGGUUUAAAAAUAUAUACUUCUGUGUAUUGAUUUUAAGAAAGGCAUUGAUGUUCAUGGUUAGGUACAUAUUGGAGCAACGAUACGCACCGCAUCGAUUAUAUGCAAUGCAGGACACGCUAGAUAAAUUAGUAAUAUCAUCAACCAUGUGUAGUUAACUAGUGAUUGAUUUGUAUUUUAUAAGCAGUUUAAUGCUAGCUAGCAACUUAACUUGGCUUACUGCGUUCGCCUAACAGGCAGUCUCCUCGUGGAGUGCAAUGAAAGGCAGGUGGUUAGAGUGUUGGACUAGUUAACUGUAAGGUUGCAAGAUCAAAUCCCUGAGCUGACAAGGUGAAAAUCUGUCGUUCUGCCCCUGAACGAGGCAGUUAACCCACCGUUCCUAGGCCUUCAUUGAAAAUGAGAAUGUUAACUGAUUUGCCUAGUUAAAUAAAGAUUAAAUAAAGGUGUAAAAAAAAAAAAAAAGUUAAAUCGGUGUCCAAAAAUACCUAUUUCCGAUUGUUAUGAAAACUUGAAAUUGGCCCUAAUUAAUCGGCUGACCUCUAGUUGAAAGGCCUCUUAGUGUCCUAAGUUUUCAUAACUGUGACCUUAAUUGCCUACCUUCUACAAGCUGUUAGUGUCUUAACGACCGUUCCACGUUCAUGAAUUGUUAAUGGUUCAUUGAACAAGCAUGCGAAACGGUGUUUAAACCCUUUACAAUGAAGAUCUGUAAAGUUAUUUGUGUUUUUACAAGUUAUCUUUGAAAGGCAGGGUUUUGAUAAAGGGAGGUUUAUACAAAUACAUAGUAAUUGAAAAACAAGGACUAAAAGAGAUCUGCAACUGCUGUGUGUUCGAUUUAUGGUGUAAGAAUUGUGAAAAUGCUUAAGUUCAAUGCAUGCAGACCUACUAGCCAUCUAGUUACAGUGCCAUCAGAAAGUUCAAACCCUUUGACUGGGAUUAAAAUGGAUUUAAUUGUCAUUUUUUUUAAACAAUGAUACACAGAAAAUAAUCUAAUGUCAAAGUGGUGAAAAUGUCUAACAUUUGUAUAAAAAAAAAGAAAAAAAAAGAAAAGAAAAAAAAAAAGAUCUCGAUUAGAUCAGUAUUCAACCCCCUGAGUCAAUACAUGCUAGAAUCACCUUUGGCAGCAACUACAGCUGUGAGUUUUUCCAGAUAAGUCUAAGAGCUUUCCACACCUGGAUUGUGCAACAUUUGCCAUUUUUAUGAUUUUCAAAAUACUUCAAGCUCUGUCAUAUUGGUUGUAUGUCAUUGUUAGUGUUAGGUUCUAAUUUUAAAGUAAAGACCGUAAAGACAACACUAGAUAGCGAUUUUCAGGCCUUGCCAUUGAUUUUCAAGUCAAAACUAAUUUUGCCACUCGGGAACAGUUACUGUCCUCUUGGUAAGCAAGUCCAGUAUAUAUUUGUGCUUGUGUUGUAAGAUUACUCUCCUGCUGAAGGGGGAAUUCAUCUCUGGUGGAAAGCAGACUGAACUCAGUUUUCCUCUCGGAUUUUGCCUGUGCUUAGCUCCAUACCAUUUUUACAUUUUUUUUUAUCCUGAACUCCCCAUUUCUUAACGAUGACAAGCAUACCCACAACAUGAUGCAGCCACCGCAAUGCUUGAAAAUGUGGACAGUGGUACUCAGUAAUGUAUUGGAUUUGCCCAGAACAUUACACUUUGUAUUUAGGACAUAAAGUUAAUUGCUUUGCCAGUUUAUUUUGCAGUAUUAUGCGACUUGUUAAUAAGCAAACGUUUACUCCUGAAUUUAUUUAGGCUAGCCAUAACCAACGUUUUGACUAUUUAAUGACUGAAGACAUUUUAGCUUUUCUUAUUAAUACAAUUUAAAAACAAAUCUGAAUUCCACUUUGACAUUGUGGGGUAUUGUGUAUAGUCCAGUGACACAAUCUCAAUUUAAUAUUUUUUCUAUUUUUAUUCUGGCUCUAACACAACAAAAUUUGGAAAAAGUCAAUGGGUGUUAAUAGUUCCUUAAGGCACUGUGUGGUCUUGUAUCUAAAAUGUUUCUUGUUUAUAAUCUCCAACAUCAAAUUGUGUCCUCAUGACAUGCAGGUGUGGCUAAUAUCAAAUUCCUCUCUUGUAUUCAUGUUUGCCCACAGAUUUGUCUUUGGUGGGGUGCAGGCAUGCACCCAAAUUAGCAACUGGGAUGCCAUUGCCAACACCAACAUGAACAUUUUCGAUUGAAAACAAUUGAAGGAUUUUGGCGUUGGGCAACAGAGCUAGGAAGGGGCAACCCCAUCCUUCAUAAUGGCGCUGGCCAUGCCGUCCAGUGUGCGGGCCGGGAGCCUGAAGGACCCAGAGGUUGCUGAGCUCUUCUACAGAGAUGACCCUGAGAAGCUGUUCACCGACUUGCGGGAGAUUGGCCACGGCAGCUUCGGAGCGGUCUACUUUGCACAUGACAUCCGCACCAAUGAAGUGGUGGCCAUUAAGAAAAUGUCCUACGGUGGCAAGCAGUCCAAUGAGAAAUGGCAAGAUAUCAUCAAAGAAGUGAAGUUUCUCCAGAAACUGCACCACCCCAACACUGUAGAGUACAGAGGUUGCUACCUGAGAGAGCACACAGCAUGGCUGGUAAUGGAGUAUUGUUUGGGUUCAGCCUCCGACCUACUGGAAGUCCACAAGAAGCCCCUCCAGGAACAGGAGAUAGCAGCCAUCACCCACGGUGCUUUGCAGGGCCUGGUGUAUCUUCAUUCUCACAACAUGAUUCACAGGGAUGUGAAGGCUGGUAACAUCUUGCUGACCGAGCCUGGCCAGGUGAAACUGGGUGAUUUUGGCUCAGCCUCCAUCAUUGCCCCGGCUAACUCGUUCGUGGGCACGCCCUACUGGAUGGCUCCUGAGGUGAUCCUGGCCAUGGACGAGGGCCAGUACGACGGCAAAGUGGAUGUGUGGUCACUGGGCAUUACCGCCAUAGAGCUGGCGGAGAGGAAGCCGCCUCUGUUCAAUAUGAAUGCUAUGAGUGCCUUAUACCACAUUGCCCAGAACGAGAGUCCCGUUCUGCAGUCCAAUCACUGGUCUGAUUAUUUCCAUAACUUUGUGGACUCGUGUCUGCAGAAGAUCCACCAGGAUAGACCUACCUCGGACGUGCUGCUGAAGCACCAUUUCCUAUGCAGAGAGCGUCCUCACACGGUGGUGAUGGACCUGAUAGCUCGCACCAAAGACGCGGUGCGGGAGCUGGACAACCUGCAGUACCGCAAAAUGAAGAAGAUCCUUUUCCACGAGGCCCUCAACGGGCCCCAGCCCGAGGGAGGAGAGGAGGAGGAGGACGUGGAGCAGUACAUGCUGCGGACAGGUACGGUCAACAGCAUGGAGAGCUCCCAUUCGCUGCCUUCCAUGUCCAUCAGCGCAAGCUCCCAGAGCAGCUCGGUCAACAGCCUGGCGGACGGUUCGGACGACAGCGGCGAGAUAGCCAUGAUGCAGGAGGGCGAGCAAACAGUCACCUCCAACAGCUCAGUCCUGCACAAGCCCCUGAGCCAUGACAACAUCUACGACGACCCCUACCAGCCCGAACUGGACGCACAGCAGCAGCCCCCGUCACGGGGUGAGGGACGAGAAGGUGGCAGGCGGAAGGGACACCGCAGCCGAGAUCACUUUGCCACGAUCCGGACAGCAUCGCUGGUGACCCGGCAGAUCCAGGAGCAUGAGCAGGGGUCGGCGCUGAGGGAGCAGAUGUCUGGGUACAAGCGCAUGCGGCGGCAGCACCAGAAGCAGCUGAUGGGCCUCGAAAACAAGCUGAAGGCGGAGAUGGAUGAGCAUCAGCUGAGGCUGGACAAGGAGUUGGAGAACCAGAGAAACAGCUUUGGAGGGGAGGGGGACAAGCUGAGCAAGAAGCACCAGGCUAUCCUGGAGAAGGAGACCAAGGCAGCCCUGGCUGAGGAGAAGAAGUUCCAGCAGCACAUCCUGGCCCAGCAGAAGAAGGAACUGACCAGCCUGCUGGAAUCCCAGAAACGCCAGUACCGCGCACGCAAGGAGCAGCUCAAAGAGGAACUGAAUGAGAACCAGUUGACCCCCAAGCGUGAGAAGCAGGAGUGGCUGGUGCAUCAGAAGGAGUGUCUACAGCAGCUGCAGGCGGAAGAUGAGGCGGGGCUCCUGCGCCGCCAGAGGCAGUACUACGAGCUGCAGUGUCGCCAGUACAAGAGGAAGAUGCUGCUGGCGCGCCACAAUCUGGAGCAGGACCUACUCCGAGAGGACCUGAACAAGAAGCAGACGCUGAAGGACCUGGAGUGCGCAAUGCUUCUGCGCCACCACGAGUCCACCCAGGAGAUGGAGUUCCGGCAGCUGGGCUCGGUGCAGCGCACGCGGGCUGACCUGAUCCGCACACAGCACCAGACAGAGCUCACCAAUCAGAUGGAGUACAACAAGCGACGCGAGCAGGAGCUGAGGCAGAAGCACGCCGUGGAGGUCCGCCAGCAGCCCAAGAGCCUCAAAUCCAAAGAACUCCAGAUCAAGCGUCAGUUCCAGGACACGUGCAAGAUCCAGACGCGCCAGUACAAGGCCCUGCGCAACCACUUGCUGGAGAACACGCCCAAGUCGGACCACAAGGCGGUGCUCAAGCGCCUGAAGGAUGAGCAGACGCGUAAGCUGGCCAUCCUGGCUGAGCAGUACGACCACUCCAUCAAUGACAUGCUGUCCACACAGGCUCUCCGAUUGGAUGAGACGCAGGAGGCAGAGUAUCAGGUGCUGCGGAUCCAGCUGCAGCAAGAGUUGGAGCUGCUCAACGCCUACCAGAGCAAGAUCAAGAUACACACCGACUCGCAGCAUGAGCGUGAGGCCAAGGACCUGGAGCAGAGGGUGUCCAUCCGCCGGGCACUGCUGGAGCAGAGGAUUGAGGAGGAGAUGCUUUCUCUUCAGAAUGAGCGCUCUGAGCGCAUCCGCACCCUCCUGGAGCGGCAGGCCUGUGAGAUCGAGUCCUUUGACUCGGAGAGCCUCCGUCUGGGUUUCAGCAACAUGGCGCUCACGGGCAUCCCCAGCGAGGCCUACCCCAAGCAGGGCUACACCAACGCCCCACCAGUGUUCCGCUCCGGUGGGGGCCACUGGAGCCAUGGCAUGCACCCCCAGAAUGCCCAGCCCCAGCCGCACUCGCGCCGCAGCCACAACAGUAGUAGCAGUGGAGGGGGUGGGGGUGUUGGAGGGGGGAGCAAAGGGGAGUCUUCUUCUUCUCACGGCAUGGCUCUGGGGUUGGGUCUGGGGAGGGACGUGAGGGAGGUGCAUCCUUCAUCUCGUUCAUCAGUCUCUUCUUCUUCCUCCUCCUCCCAACAACACCACCACCGCCAUCACCUGCCACAGCACUACCACCACCAAAGCACACCCCAGCUCUACCGGGAGCGGGAGAGGGAUAGAGAGAGGGAGCGGGAGAAGGAGAGGGACAGGGAGUGGGCCGGUGUCCGAGGCAGCGGCGACCUGGCCCACCCGCAGCACCCCCAUCACUUCUCCCACAACCUGCCCUCUCGCUCCUCCUCUCAGUCCCUGGCCCUGCUGCCGCCGCCGCCCCCCGCGCCCCCCUCCAUCUCGGGGCCCUCCUCGUCCUCCUUGCAGGGAGGGGUGUAUGGCGGGGGGCUGGCCGUCAGGGGCGGUCCCAGCCUCAUGGCCCUGAGGAACAGCCCCCAGCCACUGAGGAGGACGGCAUCCGGAGGGGGACCUGGCGGGGCGGGUGGAGGCGACGGGGUGCUGAGCCGCAGCACCUCGGUCACCUCGCACAUCUCCAACGGCUCCCACCUCUCCUACUCCUAAAGAGGGGGGAGGCGGUGGAGGGUGUUCACCCGAGAGAGAGCAGGAGGUAGGGAGUAGACGGGGAUGGGAGAAUGUAGCUACCUGUCUUACCAUUGAAGUGGGUGAGGGGAAAGGAUGCGGAGAUGAUGGUGUCAGACUUUUUUCUGAGGUGAGGCAGGGGAAGGGAGGGGGUAGGUAUCAGUUUGAGGGUUGCUCUUCAAGGUAGCCAUGUCUUCUUCUAUGAUGUUCUAUAAUGGAAUGGAGGAAGUGAGAGAAUAGGUGGGAAAGUGCAUGGAAAGGGAAGAGAUAAAGACAACAGAUCUAAAAGUGAAUGUAUGUAUGUCGUGUGUGGUGUCCUGAUAAUCUAGCAAACACUUGUGUUGUAUGGCUUCAGAAAGGGAAGACAUGGGGAACAAUAAAAAAUGCUGGUUUUAGUCUGCAUUCAGAAAGGUAGCUAUUGUUCGAAACACAUUUUAUUGGUUUAUAACUUAUUUGUUGACAGUGUUUUGGUUUAUUUUGUAGAUGUGUUAAAAACAAGUGGCUCGGGACGUCACCAAGGCCUUUAAGAAGUCUUAAAUGGAUGGUGUGAUGACCACGCAAGAAUUACAGGCUGAUGUAAAUUAAUAUGAAUACACAGAAUGUUUAUAAAGGCAACAAACAGACCCGGUUUCAUUAAAAAUAAUGAAGGCACCUGGAAUGGAGAGAGACAUUUGUAUGGACAACAAAAUGACCUCAAAAACUUUUCCGUCAUCCAUGACAUACACUAUAUAUACAAAAGUAUGUGGACAAACCUUCAAAUUAGUGGAUUCGGCUACUUCCAACAAGUCAGUUUGUCAAAUUUCUGUCCUGCUAGAGCUCCCCCGGUUAACUGUAAAUUUUGCUAUUGUGAAAUGGGAACAUCUAGGAGCAAGAACGGCUCAGCCUUGAAGUGGUAGGCCAUACAAGCUCACAGAACGGGAUCGCUGAGUGCUGAAGCACAUAGUGUGUAAAAAUCGUCUGUCCUCGGUUGCAACACUCACUACCAAGUUCCAAACUGCCUCUGGAAACAACUUCAGCACAAUAACUGUUCGUCAGGAGAUUCAUGAAAUGGGUUUCCAUGUCCGAACAGCCUCACACAAGCUUAAGAUCACAAUGCCAAGCGGCAGCUGGAGUGGUGUAAAGCUCGCCGCCAUUGGACUCUGCAGCAGUGGAAACGCGUUCUAUGGAGUGAUGAAUCACUCUUCACCAUCUGGCAGUCCGACGACUGAAUCUGGGUUGGCGGAUACCAGGAGAAUGCUAACUGUCCCAAUGCAUAGUGCCAACUGUAUAGUUUGGUGGAGGAGGAAUAAUGGUCUGGGGCUGUUAUUAAUGGUUCGGGAUUGGCCCCUUAGUUCCAGUGAACGGAUAUCUUAACGCUACAGCAUUACAAUGACAUUCUAGACUAUUCUGUGCCUCCAACUUUGUGGCAACAGUUUGGGGAAGGCCCUUUCUCGUUUCAGCGUGACAAUGGCCCCAUGCACAAAGCGAGCUCCAUACAGAAAUGGUUUGUCGAGAUCAGUGUGUUAGAACUUGACUGGCCUGCACAGAGCCCUAACCUCAACCCCAUCAAACACCUUUGGGAUGAAUUGGAAUGCCGACUGAGAACCAGGCCUAAUUGCCCAACAUCACUAAUGCUUUUGUGGCUGAAUGUAAGCAAGUCCCAGCAGCAAUGUUCCAACAUCUAGUGGAAAUCCUUCCCAGACGAGUGGAGGCUGUUAUAGCAGCAAAGGGGGGACCAACUCUAUAUUAAUGCCCAUGAUUUUGGAAGGAGAUGUUCAAUAAGCAGGUGUCCAUAUACUUUUGGUGAUGUAGUGCAUUUAUUAUCUUUAAAAAUGACAUAGGUGUCCAUGAGAGUCGCUCCAAUGCAUUACAUAAAUGUACAAAACAUUUGUAAACAUGACCAAAAUCACAUUUGAAAUGUACAGUAUUAGUUGUCCAAGUUUCACUGGUAUUUAAAGACCAGUGCAGUCAAACUUAAUUUUCCUGUGUUUUACACUGCAAAAAGGGAAAUCUAAGCAAUCCUAAAUAUCUUCUAUUGAGUGAUUAUUUGACCUUCUUGAAAAACCUUGAAAUAAGUUAAAUUACUUGUAAUUAAGACUUUUUUUAAGGUUAAAAUAAGCACAAUUAUUUGCCAAUUAUGCGAGAUAAUUUAGCUUAGUAAGAAAAAACAAGAAAAAAACACUUAUCACUCAAUGUAAUAUAUUUAGGCUUGCUUAACCUUCACUUUUUGCAGUGUAUAUAUAUUUCCACACUGUGGUUUGAAUAAUAUUGUGAAAAUGAUGAUAAUGACCUUGUAGUGUACGAUAUGUUUAAAAAGACUGCCUGAAAUUUCAGCUUUUGUCUGGGUGACAUCAUCAGACAGAUACUAGACCAAUAAGAUGAGCGUUCCAAACCUAAAACUGCUAGUUUUAAGUUUCCCCUUCCCCACUCAAGACAGUCCUAGCAAAAUUCUUGCUUGAGAAAUGGCUUUUCUUGUUUAUUUUCUUUUAAAAACAAAAAUGUAUCCGUUUUAUGGAGUAAUAACGACAAUGAUCAUAGUAAUUUUGAUAUAUUCAAUGAGUAUUGAACCCAGGAUUUAGACUAAGAAAGCAUUUUCUAUAGGUCAAUAUUACCAUUACUAAUCCAUAUAUAGUUGUUGUAAUCUUGUACAAAAAUGUGUUUUUAUCUUGCAAGAAAAAUGCCACUUUUGACUAUGGGCUAUGGUUGAAAAUGUGUAAAAAAAAUAGAUAUACAUUGGAUUGUCAGGUAUGGUGUGUGUAACAGGUAUUAAUGAUUAUUAAUAAUGUUUUAUUAAUAAUUAUUGAUUAUUCAUGUGUGUACAUGUGUUGGUUGAGUGGUAUACAGUCUAGUUAUAUUGCCACUUUUUUAGACAAACAAACAUUAUUGCAUUUUAAAGACACUUGUGUAACCUUUAUAAAAGGUCUGACCCCAAUGAAAAGGAAGGUGACACAUCCAAAAGAAGCAACAUUGGUUGACAUGAACAUUAUUAACCUCUUCUGGUAUGUUUCUGUUCGUUUGUUGGAUUUUGAAAUGAAAACGUUGGGUGAAUUUUCUAGAGAUUUCACAAUUUAUUCUACUGAGCCCACACAUAUUCUAGCAUGAAGAACAAAAUGGAGUUCAAAGAUAAAGAAUGGUGCACAAUUUAGAUGAUAAUCUCACAGUGCAAACCAUCAUUGCAAGGUGCGAGCAACUUGUCAGUGAGCUUGUGCUGCAAGUUGAAGUAAGUUUUAAGGUUAAGGGUUGUUAAGCCUACACUCACCAAGGCUAUAUUACUCAAAUACUUAACUUCCCCUUUCUUAAUUAAAGGGGUUUGCCUCAUUCAGUUAGCUAAGACUCUGUUUAUAACUAGGGAUUCUAAGAUGCUGUUCCUUUGUACAAACAGGGUGAUUUAUUUAUUCAAUCUCAAAAACACCAGCUCUGACAAGUCCCCCUGUAGCCUAAUACUUCAUGCUUGGUUGAAAUUUCAGUGCAUGCAGAAAACUCCUUAUAUAAAUAAGACUGGUGGGUUUUGAUAUGUGGAUGGAUGGUUGGUAACAUAACAUGCUAAUUCAUAGGUAUUGGGGGGGGGGGGGGUGCAGUAAAAGGUGUUAUCUUAAUUUCUUAAGGUCUAGGAAAUCAUGAUGGACAUCAGGAAGAAGAGAUCCCAAUUCCUUUGUCACAGACAUAGCUGGUUAGAUGAUGAUAGACUGUUCUGUGUGGACUUGUACUUCAUGGUUUGCAAAGGGGAAAUUUUCAGUUAAUAUGUAAACAUAGUUGAACAUUCCAAUCAGGGGAUUCCAAGCUUGAGGGAAAAUAAUAGGGUUCUUUAAAAUGUGUUGAACAAGAGGGUAAAAGCAAAGUAAUACAAAAUAAAAAAUGAAUGAUAGUAAA